AUGCCAAAGAUUCUUAAGAUUGCUGCGGCACAAUGCCGAACUCUCGACACAACUGGCAACAUUCUCAAACAGCUCGAGACUAAGGUUAAAGAGGCUGCCGCUGAGGGAGUUGACCUCAUUCUUUUCCCAGAAGUUUACAUGGGCGGAUAUCCCCGAUCAGCAACAUUUGGCGCCAAAAUUGGUGAGCGGACUCCAGACGGCUAUCACCAGUACUUGUCGUAUUUCCAGGGAGCCAUUGACUUGGGAGAUACUCUCGAAGGUGCAUAUGAUGAUUGGGUCACUCGCCGUCUGCCUACCAACGACAACGGAGUGCGGGGAGACGGCAUACGGGAAGAGCUGGAGAGAAUUGCACACGAGACUGGAGUUUACAUAGUCACCGGUGUGUUGGAGAGGUCUGGAGGCACUCUGUACUGCUCAGUGGUAUAUGUCGAUCCGGCCAAGGGAAUUGUUGGAAAGCGACGCAAAGUUCUUCCGACGGGAAGUGAACGACUUGUCUGGGGCCAGGGCCAGCCUCGAUCACUCAAAGCCGUGAGCACGACCAUUAAGGGAGUCAAGAUUUGCCUUGCUGCCGCCAUCUGCUGGGAGAACUACAUGCCUCUCUUACGCCAGACUCUGUAUCAGCAGAACGUCAACUUGUAUCUUGCGCCAACUGCCGAUGGAAGAGCGACAUGGCUUCCACUUAUGCAAACAAUCGGAUUUGAGGGACGGACUUUUGUUGUGAGCUCCAAUCAAGCUGUCCGCGACGAUCAGCUUCCCGAAUGGAUCAGCGAGGUGAAGCGGGAGGGCAAGUUUAUCAGCGGUGGAGGAUCGUGCAUCGUUUCUCCUUUUGGCAAGGUUCUGGCUGGGCCGAGUUGGGACAAGGAUGGCGAGCUGCUCAUCCAGGAGCUGGAUUUUGAGGAGUGUGAGAAGGGUCGGCUGGAUUUGGAUGUUGCUGGGUCUUAUUCACGCAAUGACUCGUUUCAUCUGGAGGUCAAGGGCCUUGAUUUAAUCCCACCACCUUAG